GGUGGCGGUGGUGCUGGUGCUGCUGGUGGUAGCAGUAGUGGUGCAGGAGGAAGGCCCGCGGACGUGCAACAAGUUAAGAGGCCGCCGCCGUCGACGUCGCUGUCGCCGCCAGCCUUCUCGACAGCACGAUGUGACAUGGAUAUCCUCGCCGUAGCCUGCGCCCUCGUCGCGACGGCACUCUACUGCAACACCCUGCAAGCGGGUUUCGUCUACGAUGACCGAAGAGCCAUCCUGACAAAUCCCGACCUGCUGGCGAGCACACCUUGGUACCGAUUGUUCGAGAAUGACUUCUGGGGAACACCGCUGACGGAACGUGGCUCACAUGGAAGCUAUCGACCGCUCUGUGUGGCCACCUUUCGUCUGAACCAUUUUCUAGGUGGUCUCGAACCCUGGGGCUACCAUCUGGUGAACGUGGCAUUACACGCCGCCUGUACCGUUCUCGUGGUCAAGGUCGCCAGAAAGGUCCUACCAGGAAGGAGCAAUCUCGCGCACGCGAUCACAGGUUUCCUGUUUGCGGUCCAUCCCAUUCACAGUGAAGCUGUGGCUGGUAUAGUCGGACGUGCCGACCUUCUUGCCUGUUUCCUGACCUUGACAUCUUUCCUGACGUAUUCAGCCCAUUGUAAUCGCACGAGACCGUCGUUUCCUUUGCUACUGGCCCUAGUGUCGUCGACGUUGGCCACCCUUGCCAAGGAAACGGGCAUAUCGUCCUUGGCUCUCUGCCUUCUGUGGGAGCUCUGUCGUGGCGAGCCAAGUCGAAAGGGCAACUGCAGCGUGUUCACUCGGGGUCGUAGUGUCGGAAUUCUGUCGGGCGGUCUCGCGCUGCUCGCGCUGGGUCGGCUUAAGCUUGCCGGCAGCAGACCGGAAUUCGCGAGCGCGGACAAUCCGACGGCGAGGCAUCCGUCGCGACUAACGCGCAGUCUGACGUUCCUAUAUCUCCCGGCGGCCAGCGCGAGAAUGUUAUUGUGUCCGAGCACGCUGAGCUUCGACUGGUCGAUGGACGCCGUGCCGCGCAUAACGAGCCCAUUCGACCCACGGAAUCUUGAGUCCGUAUGUCUGUACGCCGUUCUAAUUGGCGCGGCAUUCUGGGCAGCUAGAGGUCUGCGACGACCCUGCCGGGACUCGACGAUGGGCCUAUUUCAACAAACGUACCCACGAUCGGCGUCGUCCAGGUGUCCCGUGUGCGCCGGCAGACGCAUCGGCGGUUGCCAUACGGACGGCUGUCGGGCGGCGAACAACAAUAACAACAGUCCGUUCGGCGAUUGUCAUUGUGCCAAGAGACCAAACAGCAAUGCCGGCGUGAAUGGUGUUAACGUCGGCAGCCGACAAACAGCGGCUACCGCCGUUGCCGUCUCCCUGGGCUUCCUUGUGCUUCCGUUCCUGCCGGCGAGCAAUCUUUUCUUCUACGUGGGCUUCGUCAUAGCCGAGAGGAUACUGUACCUGCCCAGCGUGGGCGCCUGUUUGGCGGUCGGCGCCGCGGUAUCCGGAUGUUACCGGAUAGCGAGAAGAAACGGGUCCAGAACACGCGGCAGAGUGGUGCUGUUGGGGACGGCGAUUCUCAUCGGCAUGUCGCUGCACGUCAAUCCUCCGAAAGCUUAUGGAAAUUUGGGCAGCAUUCUCAGCGAGCAGGGGCGAGUAACCGAAGCGGAAGAAGCAUUCGUUCAAGCUCUUCGCUAUCGACCGAACAUGGCAGAUGUGCACUAUAACUUGGGCAUCUUACAACAGGGCAGAAAGAAUUACGACGAGGCGAUUUUGAGUUAUCAACGAGCCAUUCAUUUCCGACCUUCGUUAGCUCAGGCUUAUGUGAAUCUGGGAGCCGCGUUGAUUUCGGUUGGACGGGGCACUGAUGCAGCUGCGGUUUUGCGCGCCGGUGCAUCCUUGGAUGGCUCCGGUUUGAAGGACAAAAGGGCUCACGAGGCGGCCAGGGUGCAGGCCCUCCUUCAAUUAGGCGCGCUGUAUGCCGAUCAGGGUAGAUUACAAAGAGCUCUGUCGGCAUAUAGGGAAGCCCUGCGUGCCCUACCGGAUCACUAUCCACCUCAGAGCGUGUACAAUCUGUUAGGCGAGACGCUGUCGAGGCUGCAACAGUAUGCGGAAGCGGAGAGGUGGUUUCAGGCGAGUUUGGCCAGCCAGCCUGACCACGUGCCGGCCCACAUCACUUACGGGAAACUUUUGGCACGGAACUCGAGCCGUGUCCUGGAAGCGGAGAGAUGGUUCCUGAGGGCCCGCAGGUUGGCACCGGACGACCCCAGUGUGCACCAUCAUUACGGGUUGUUCCUGACGUCGCAGGGUCGACUGGUGGAGGCUGCCGAAGAGCAGCUGCGAGCGGCCGAGCUGUUGCGGUCCGAUUAUGAACUGUCGGUCGCGGCGGCCUCGGCGCUGAGGCAGGCCGAUCGUCGCGAUGAGGCCGAGGUCUGGUAUCGACACGCGGCCAAUCUAAGGCCACACGAGGCCCGCAGUCAUACGAAUCUCGGCGCAAUCCUACACCUGAACGGCAAGUACAAGCAAGCCGCCGCGGCUUACAAGGAGGCUCUCAGGUUACAGCCGGGCGACGCGACGACCAUAACGAAUCUGCACAAACUAGCGGCGAUCUUGGCGUGACCUGAAGAAGCCGAAGGUGAUGGCGAUGAAAGAAAGCAAGGACGGAGAGAUGAUAAGAAAGACGAUAGUGUGUACUAUACGAUCCCGCGCGACGAAGAGGAUCCCAUCUUACCGAUCUUAUCGUGUAUCCCGAGACCCCCUACUGGCCCGAUCUUCCUACUGAUAUUUGUUUAUAUCUCUGCGUCGUCGGUGACGCGCGCGUUUGUCGUUUGCAUCAACGAUGCGCGGCCGACUCGUAUCGCCUGCUAUGGUAUGUAAAGAAUAAAGCUUCCUUUAUUUUUCUCUAUA